GUAAUGUAAUGCUUUCAGGUAUACACCCUAAAACUGUCUAGUCUUCUCUGUCUUCAUUGUUCGAUUUCGAUCGAUCGAUUGCCACAACGAACAAAGAAGCAAAGGUUGAAAAAGAGAGAAAAGACACAAACGAAGAGAUAAUCAGGUCUUCAGUCCUUCUCGUUCAACCGGCCCAACGAAGAGAUGAAAGAGGACAGGGAUGGAACCAAGGGAGGUAGAGUUUCAAAGACAUCAUCUAUUAGCCAACUUCCACUUAUUUUGGAUAUAGAAGACUUUAAGGGUGAUUUCUCUUUUGAUACAUUGUUUGGGAACCUGGUAAAUGAACUCCUUCCCUUGUUUCAAGAAGAUCAAAAUGAUUCAUCAGAUGUCCAUAGCAGUGCUGGAGGAAGUGAUGUUUUACCCAAUGGGCAUCUGCGAGCUCCAUCUGAUGCAGCAAAAUCAGCUCAGGGGCUCUCUGCUCCUCUAUUUCCAGAAGUAGAUACUCUCUUAUCCCUGUUCAAAGAUUCUUGCAGGGAGUUGGUUGAUCUGAGACAGCAGGUUGAUGCUAGACUGAACAAUUUCAAGAAGGAGGUUUCUGUCCAAGACUCCAAGCACCGCAAGACUCUUGCUGAGCUGGAGAAAGGUGUGGAUGGCCUAUUUGAUAGCUUUGCAAGGCUGGAUUCUCGCAUCUCAAGUGUUGGACAGACUGCUGCAAAAAUCGGAGAUCAUCUUCAGAGUGCGGAUUCUCAGAGAGAAACUGCUAGUCAAACAAUAGAGCUCAUAAAGUACAUGAUGGAGUUCAAUAGCAGCCCAGGAGAUCUGAUGGAACUUUCAGCUCUUUUUUCUGAUGAUAGUCGUGUUGCUGAAGCUGCUUCAGUUGCACAAAAAUUGAGGGCAUUUGCUGAGGAAGAUAUUGGAAGACAUGGCAUUGCUGUACCAUCAGUGAUGGGAAAUGCAACUGCAAGCAGAGGUUUAGAAGUUGCGGUUGCAAAUCUUCAAGACUACUGCAAUGAGCUGGAGAAUAGAUUGUUGGCUCGAUUUGAUGCAGCUUCACAUAGGAGAGAAUUAUCAACAAUGGCAGAAUGUGCUAAAAUUUUAUCUCAGUUCAAUAGGGGUACAAGUGCUAUGCAACACUAUGUGGCAACCAGACCGAUGUUUAUUGAUGUAGAGAUAAUGAAUGAGGACACUAGGUUGGUUCUUGGUGACCAGGGCUCACAAGUUAGUCCUAGUAAUGUUGCUCGUGGGCUUUCUUCAUUGUACAAAGAAAUCACAGAUACUGUAAGAAAAGAAGCUGCCACGAUAAUGGCUGUAUUCCCAUCUCCUAAUGAGGUCAUGUCAAUCCUGGUGCAGAGAGUUUUGGAGCAGCGAGUAACAGCUGUUUUGGACAAGCUUCUGGUGAAACCAUCCCUUGUGAACUUGCCUCCUGUUGAACAGGGUGGUCUUUUAUUAUAUCUUAGAAUGCUAGCUGUUGCAUAUGAGAAGACACAGGAACUUGCUAGAGAUUUGCGAGCUGUAGGAUGUGGUGACCUGGAUGUUGAGGCACUAACAGAGUCUCUAUUUCCUGCACACAAAGAUGAGUAUCCUGAAUACGAGCAGGCUUCCCUUAGGCAGCUCUACCAGGCGAAGAUGGAAGAACUACGUGCUGAAAGUCAGCAGCAAUCAGAGUCAACUGGGACAAUUGGACGCUCAAAAGGAGCUUCAAUGUUAUCUUCACAUCAGCAGAUAUCGGUUGCUGUAGUAACAGAGUUUGUGCGGUGGAAUGAAGAGGCAAUUUCUAGAUGUUCUUUGUUUUCUUCUCAGCCUGCACCUCUUGCAACCAAUGUAAAAGCAGUAUUUACUUGCUUACUAGAUCAAGUUAGCCAAUAUAUCACAGAUGGGCUAGAACGGGCCAGAGAGAGCCUAAAUGAAGCUGCGGCUUUGAGGGAAAGGUUUGUGCUGGGUACAAUUGUUAGUAGAAGGGUGGCUGCUGCAGCUGCUUCUGCUGCAGAAGCUGCUGCUGCUGCUGGUGAAAGCAGUUUCAGAUCUUUUAUGGUGGCUGUACAGCGUUGUACAAGCAGUGUGGCUAUAAUCCAGCAAUAUUUUGCAAACUCUAUUUCUCGGCUCUUACUACCUGUGGAUGGUGCACAUGCUGCUUCUUGUGAAGAAAUGGCAACAGCUAUGUCUAGUGCUGAGGGUGCUGCUUAUAAAGGGCUUCAACAAUGUAUUGAAACUGUGAUGGCAGAGGUUGAACGGUUGCUGUCUGCUGAACAAAAAGCAACAGAUUAUAGGUCCCCAGAUGAUGGAAAUGCACCAGAUCAUCGGCCAACAAAUGCCUGUAUAAGAGUUGUUGCAUACCUAUCUCGCGUACUUGAGGCUGCAUUCACUGCAUUAGAAGGUCUAAACAAACAAGCUUUCCUCACAGAACUGGGAAACCGCUUACAUAAAGGGCUGCUUAAUCAUUGGCAGAAGUAUACUUUCAACCCCAGUGGUGGUCUGCGUCUGAAGCGUGAUAUAACAGAGUAUGGGGAGUUUGUGCGCAGCUUUAAUGCUCCCACAGUCGAUGAGAAAUUUGAAUUGUUGGGCAUCAUGGCGAAUGUCUUUAUUGUUGCACCUGAGAGCCUUUCCACAUUGUUCGAGGGAACCCCAAGCAUCCGGAAAGAUGCGCAAAGAUUCAUUCAGCUUAGGGAGGAUUAUAAGACUGCAAAACUUGCAUCUAGACUUAGUUCAUUGUGGCCAAGUUCUAGUUAAUUUGCAAUUCGUUUGGGCGAUUAGUUAGAACAAGAGCAAAUGCAAGCUGAAUCAGUGGCAGGACCGUGCUGAGGAGUCGCUUGCAAAUGGGCCAUCUCGCGUGGAUGAUCUUAUACAUUUUCUGGUUGUUUAUCGAUGUUUGUAUCUUGAUUAGUUUUGAUGGAAAGACCAAAAGAUGUGUACCUUAUUGGGUCUGACGUGUAUGCCGUUUGGUGCGAUUUUAUUGCUUAUACCACAGACUGACAGAUCAAAGGAUGAAUGAUCAUGUAUCUAUUCUGUAAUAAACUGUUACUGGACAAACAUCUAGCAGUUCUAUAUCUUUAUUUAAUGUGAAAGUUGGAGGCUUCGUGUGUGUGUAUAUAACA